AUGGCCUCCCUCUUCAACGCCCAGUCGAUGCUCGACCAACCCAGCUACUCAUUCGCACAACAACCCACGAGCCAUUCAGAACCCCGGCAGCACGCUUUCUACCCCUACACCGACAACGGCGGCUCCACCCUCGGAAUCAGCGGCCAGGACUUCGCCAUCCUCGCAGGCGACACCCGAUCCACCUCCGGCUACAACAUCAACACACGCUACGCCCCCAAACUCUUCAAAAUCGGCGGCGACGGCCCCAACAACACCGGCUCGAAAAUCGUCCUCUCCGUCGUGGGUUUCGCCGCAGACGGCCGCGCCCUGAAAGAGCGCCUCGACACCGUCGUCAAGAUGUACAAGUACCAGCACGGCAAGGACAUCUCCGUGGGCGCCUGCGCUCAACGCCUCUCGCAUAUCCUCUACUCGAAGCGAUUCUUCCCCUACUACGUCACGGCGAUUCUGGGCGGCAUUGAUGAGGAGGGCAAGGGUGCGCUGUACAGCUAUGAUCCCGUGGGAUCGUAUGAGCGGGAGCAGUGUCGUGCGGCGGGAGCGGCGAGCUCGUUGAUCAUGCCGUUCUUGGACAACCAGGUGAACCUGAAGAACCAGUACGACGCAGCGCAGCCGCAGGGCUUCGGCAAGGAGCCUCUCAAGCCUCAGCCGCUGCCGAGAGCGCAUGUCGAGCAGCUGGUCAAUGAUGCGUUUACGAGUGCUGUGGAGAGACAUAUUGAGGUUGGUGAUGGGCUGCAGACGAUGAUCAUCACCAAGGAUGGCAUUGAGGAGACGUACGCGCCACUCAAGAAGGAUUAG